AAGCUUGUAAGCGACUCCUUCUGACAAUCGCCAAGUGCAGCGCAAGAGGGGUUCUCAAAGCUUGUAAAAGGGGCUGAAGAGAUGCUGCAUGAAAACGUCCUUAUUAAGGCCUGCGUGCGAGAGCUUGAAGAGCAAUUAGCAGUAAUAACUAAGAGAAAAUCGCGUAAGAGAAAGCAGAUUCAGCAUGGUGGCACACUUGAGUAUGGCCCAGCAGCAUCGCGGGAGCUCAGUCAACUGUUUGGCGCUGUGGGAACUGCAGCAAAACUGGACACAACGCACGAACGUGCCAGGAGGGUGCAGAAACAUCUUCUAAAUCUGAUGCAAGCAUGCAGUAUGCUAGGUCACUGUUUAAUAGCAAGUAGUUGUAGUUGCAGUAACUUGUGUUAGUCGUGCCAAGAGAAAAUGGCCGGUUCGGUGAUAUGGCCGGCUCGGUGAUAAUCUACGUUACCCUACCUAUCCGCCAGCCUAACUACUGCCCACUCUUGCGCUAGAUAAUAAUAAGUACUAUUCUAGCUAGUAACUUACUAUUAAUAUAAGUU